AUGCGAAACGACUUCAGAGCCCGCCAUGGGGCAGUCUCAGAGUCGAGGCCUGUGAGCAAACAAUUAAACGAUGCGCCUGUAAAUUUACGCGUCACGCUUGAGCAUCUGCUGCUGCCAAUAUAUGUUGCGUCCAAAGCUCAAAUGCCACGUCUCCGCGGUCUCGAGGCGUUGCUUCGAGCGGCGCGUAAUGUUUCGCAAAUGAUAAAGAGAGUCCUAGCAAUCGCCUCUGACGUGUUUGUACGCUUAGCCACGCUGCCAUACUACCGUCUCUACCACUUCAAUACCAGCGAUCCAUUGGCGAGAAUAGCAAGACUGGCCUCUGAACCAGAACCCAACACUAAGAUCCUGCGUCGAGCCAUUUCAGCAUGGAGACUGCACAAGUUGAGUGAAUUACAAUUCAUCACCAUCGCCUGCACCGUCCUUGCUGCCGCCGUGAUAGGUGCAUUCUCAUGGACAACACUUGACAACGCAUACUGGCUCACGUACGGCUUCUGGCAUAGCAGUCUCAUGCUCUCCAUUCUGGGUAUCCUGCUUUCCGCCUCUGAAAUCACCGUCUUGAGUAUAUUAGGCCCUUUGAACGCACGGGGAAAGGUUUCGCUACAAGAGUCACGUGUCAGGAGAUACACGCCCUUCUUACUGUCGACAUGCACGCAAUCGGGCGGCUUUAUGCCUCGGAGGAAGAUGGUGUUUGCCUGGCAAUGUCCGCUGAUGUUCAUGUCCUAUUCCGUGUGUGCGUUCCUCGCCGGUCUGACUAUUCUCGUGUGUACCCCGUUUAUCCGAGAGAAGAGUGCGUGGGGUGAUGGUCACAAUAUUGCGACCAUGUAUCUCGCCAUUUUUGCGGGAGGCGCGACCGCAUUCGUUUUUUGCUCGUAUUGGGUCUGGCACUAUAUGGAUUUGGAAUACGAUGCCAAUGAUGGGGAUGACUCCGGGGAGGAUAUAGGAGAUUUGACUUCUCGAGAAGGCAGUGGCCCUGCGUUGAACUUGUACAAAAUACAACUGGAGGACAGUAUGCCAAGCGCAAGCUAUAGUGCAAAGUCUGCAAUAGUAUGA